AUGGGUGUAACAAAUUGACUCUUAUACUCACUCAUCGUCUCAUCCGUUAGCGACAAAUUUUUUUUCCGACGAGCGAUACUGAAUAUAUGUAAAAGUACUUAAAUACCUGCAGUACCGGCGUACACCUAUAUAUUCCGUAUCUAAGCUGUAUAUUGAAAUAAAGCCUAAAGCAAAAAAAAUGUCUGAUUAUUUCCAACAAACUAACACUAGUAAUCAAUCGGCAAAUAAUGAUGGAAACAAAAAGGACGAGGUAAUAAUAACGUUUAAUUACCAACCUAAUGGAACAGGACCAUCAUCAGAUAUAACAGAAAAUAAAAUUAUGGUCUUGGACUAUAUGCCUCGAAAUAUAAAUACGAAUUUCAAUUCAUUUGACAAUUUAAACACUGAAACGAUAGUUUUGCACAAAUUGAAUAUGUCUUACGAAGAUAUUUUUAAAACGUUUAAAGAAAAACUUAUGACCAAAGUUGUAAGCGGCGAUUACGCAAUGGGCGAUAAGGACGUUAUUAAUCUGGACAAAAUGAUAGGAUUAGCGUGUAUUGCUAUGAGUGAAUCUGAAAAAAAUAACAAAAAAUUACGAACCAGGCACAGCAUUUUACAGAAUAAAUAUGAAAAUUAUGACUAUGCAGUUCAAGAAUGCAGUAGGCUUAAUUCUGAAAUGGAUAAAAUAAAAUGUAAUCUUUGUUUAGCAUUAGGUCGUAGGUUCAAUGACAAGGAAGAUGUUAUGCAUUUGACUAAUUUUUGCGCUGCAUUAGUUGCACGCGAAAAUGAAUAUCAUUACAUUCUAACAGAAAACGAUAAGUUGAAAUAUAUUAUAAAUAACCAACUGGUGAACAUACGCGAUAAAACGUUAAAUAAUUAUGAUGAAGUUCUACAAAGCUUAGAAAAGUUUAAAGAAAAACUGUAUAUUAAAGAUCUCAAAAUAUCGCAGUUGAAAGAUAAGUUAUGUUUGAUAAAUGAAGAAAAAAAAAACAAAUUACAAUUAUUGCAUAAAAAUUUAUCAGAGUUUCCUGAAAAAUUGAUCGAUCAAAACGUCCACGACGCAUUUGAUUGUUCUCGAAAUAAUGACGAAUUGUACGAAGGCAAAAUGUUGAUCACAGAGCAGAUCAAUCAAAUCCAAGGAUCUACCUACUUUGAAUCCGAAAACCACCAACUAUGUGACUUAAUCAAUAUGUUUGCAAGAUUGACAACCGAUAAAGAAGAAGAUUUAAAAACAACUAAUAGGCGUUUAAUCAGAAAUGUAGAAAAUAAGAAUCAUCAACUACUAAAAGAAAUUGACGAUUACAAAAAAUGGCAGAAACAUUUGGAAAACGAGAACGAUAAACUAAAUUCUGAAUUUAAAGACAAGAAAGAGAUCCAAAAAACUUUAAUUGACAAAGAAAACGAACAUAAGAAACGCAAAGAAGAUUAUUCGAAAAUGAAAUUAAUGUGCGAUGAGUUAAAUGAGAAAAAUGCACACUUAAUAAAGUCGCUCGACGAGUGCCGACAACGAUUGAAUGACAGGAAAAUUAAAUGUGUCGAUGGCGAUAGCAUAAUUAAAACGCUUCAAUCAAAUUUAAUAGAACAGACCAAUAAAUUUGAACUAGUGAAUGCAAAGUAUAAUAAAGAAAAAGAAAAAUGUCAGCAAAACGAAACUUACACGCAACAAAUGAUGGAUGAAUUUACGAGCUGUCUCCAGAAAAAAGAAAUCAAUAUCGCAUUGGUACAAAAUGAGUGUAAUGAUUUGAAACAUCAAAUAAAGGCAGAAGAAGACUAUAUCGAAAAUUUAAAACACAAGGUUAUUACAUUAGAGUACGAGUUAAACAAGAAAAAUAAGACCAUACAAGAAAUAUUAAAAGCCCAAAGUAAACAGCACCAGCAGCACACAGCAACGCCACAGAUAUCCGACAACGAAUUAGAACAGCAAAUGGACAUACUACUAGACAAUAUUAGUACCUGGCAAAAUAUUAUAGACGGUUACGAGAAAGUGUUGUACAACAUGCAAAACGCCAUCCAGCAACAGUCUAAGAUAAGAAACUACUGCUUAACCAAAUACCAGCAUCUUAAAGAUAUCGAAUACAAAGCAACGGUGACUGAAAAUUUGAUUCAAGAAAAAGAAAUUAUUCUAUUCCAACACCAAAAUGAGAUUGAAGAUAUAAAAGAGAAAUACAAUUUGAAAAUCGCACGCAUGGCAGAAACAGAGGUUAAUUUAAGAAAUGAAAUUCAAGAUUUAAAGGAAAGUUUAAAACAGAAAAGUUUGCAUAUAACAAUCGCUGAGAAAAUAGCAAAUUUACAACUUAAAGAAUCUUUAGCCACAGUUAAAAACCAUCUCUAUAACGAUCAAGUAUGUAGAUAAUCAUUAAUCAAUAGUCACUAUUCACUAAUAAUUAUUAUUUAACUUCUUUCAAAAUUGUCUUAUGUAAUAUUACACAUAUUAUGCAACAUUAUAGUGGUGUAUAUUAUACAGUACUUGAA